CUGAGCAUCCACUUCCAAAUUGGGUUGUCAUUUUUUGACCCCCUUUGCUCUUCCCGCGAACAGGUCAACGUGCUCUCUACGUGGACGUUUUUGAAGACCGCUAAGAGAGAGGGAGAGAGCUGAGAGAAAUACAGAAAGAGACAGAUCAGAGAGAGAGAGAGAGAGAGAGAGAGAGAGAGAGAGAGAGGAGAGAGAGCGAGAGAGAGAGAGAGAGCGAGAGAGAGAGAGAGAGAGAGAGAGAGAGAGAGAGCUGGCUUCGUGGAUCUUUAGCUAUAGUGUUCCCGUCCUCUCUUCCAAUACUGGACUCGUUGCGUUGGGGUCUGUACCCCUUCACCGGUGGCGUUCUGUGAACAGUGAUCUGGAUACUAAACACCGAGCCUUCGAAAGGUUGUCCGUUAGCCCAUGUUACAAGCAAUGACUAUAUAUCGUUUAACGUUUAAGCGGUUUUUUUUGUUACAAGAGGAAUCAGAAUUUACCUUGACGAUAUAAAAGCAUCGCUGACUUGGAAUCAAAUUGCUUAAUUUUUCAUUCAUUUGAGGGGAUUUUUUUUGCUUCCAAGAAAGAACUCUGGACUGUUACAAGGGAGACGACGGUUAUUGUAAAGACACUGCGCUUUCAAUGCCUAGAUCUGUGCGCGACCAUUGCUGCAGCUUCGUGUGAGAUGUGGCGAAUGGUUUCAUCUCUGAGACGUGAGAGGAGUAACCCCCUCCGAGGUCGUUGGGGUUCAGCAAGAAGUAACAUCCUCAAUACUUCCGGGUCACCUUCUUCUAAGGUCAUGUGGACCUCACGCCUGCUCUUCAUCUUCACCUUGUUCGCCCCCCUCACCCUCGAGACCCUGAGACAGAUGGCGGUGGUCCGUAGGGAACUGUCCUGUGAGUCCUACCCCAUCGAGCUACGCUGCCCGGGCACAGACGUCAUCAUGAUUGACAGCGCCAACUACGGACGCACCGACGACAAGAUCUGUGACUCGGACCCAGCACAGAUGGAGAAUACUAGAUGUUACCUGCCCGACGCAUACAAGAUCAUGUCCCUCAGGUGUAACAACCGUACCCAGUGUGUUGUGGUAGCUGGACCUGAUGUCUUCCCUGACCCCUGUCCUGGAACAUACAAAUACCUGGAGGUGCAGUACGAGUGUGUCCCCUACAAAGUGGAACAGAAAGUGUUCCUGUGUCCAGGUAUCCUACGAGGCGUGUACCAGAGUGAACACCUGUUUGAGUCCGACCACCAAUCAGGAGCCUGGUGUAAAGACCCAUUCCAGGCCUCUGAUAAGAUUUACUACAUGCCCUGGACUCCGUACCGCACGGACACGCUCACAGAGUACUCCUCCAAGGAGGACUUCAUCGCAGGACGACCGACGACCACGUACAAGCUGCCUCACCGCGUCGACGGGACAGGCUUCGUGGUCUACGACGGGGCUUUAUUCUUCAACAAGGAGCGGACGCGCAACAUCGUCAAGUUCGACCUCCGCACGCGGAUCAAGAGCGGCGAGGCCAUCAUCGCCAAUGCCAACUACCACGACACGUCGCCGUACCGCUGGGGCGGCAAGUCGGACAUCGACCUCGCCGUGGACGAAAUGGGCCUCUGGGUUCUGUACGCCACGGAGACAAACAACGGACGCAUCGUGGUCUCACAGCUCAACCCUUACACGCUCCGCAUCGAAGGGUCCUGGGACACCACCUACGACAAGCGGACCGCCUCCAACGCCUUCAUGGUGUGCGGCGUGCUCUACGUGGUGAAAACCGUCUACGAGGACGACGACAACGAGGCCACGGGGAACAAGAUAGAUUAUAUGUACAGCACCACCCAGAGUAAAGAAACCUUUGUGUCCAUCCUGUUCCCUAACUCUUACCAGUACAUAGCAGCAGUGGACUACAAUCCCCGAGACAAUCUGCUGUACGUCUGGAACAACUAUCACGUAGUCAAAUACUUACUGGACUUCGGGAACAACGACAACAGAUUGGACUUGGUUCCUCCAGUCAUCCACGGGCCUCCCAAAGUCCCCUCCUCCUCUUCCUCCACCAGUCGAACCACGACCACCCGGUCUCCUCCCUACUAUACCACGGCGCGACCAAUCCUCACCACCUUCCCCGGUCAACGGUCCCGGACAACCACGACCGCGCGGAACCCUGCCGGUGGUGGCGUGGUCGUCCCCGGCGAUAACCAGAUCCCAGAGAUCGUUAACCCCGGUAACGGGCGGUCGGUUCCAGCCAUGGGGGUUCCCCCUCUGCCUCCCCAGCUCCCGGUCAUACCCCCCCAGGACCACUGCUCCCCCAGGGUGACAGCUGAAGUGUCCUGGCCCAGAACCCAGCAGGGACAGAUGGCCAAGCAGCCCUGUCCUGUGGGGACACUAGGCGUAGCUACAUACGUGUGUGUUGCUCAGCAGGGCUACUGGGAUCCCCAAGGCCCCGACAUCAGCAACUGCACGUCUCCCUGGGUCAACCACAUCAUGCAGAAGUUGCGUAGCGGCGAGACGGCAGCCGUGGUUGCCAGGGAGCUGGCCGAGCAGACUAAAGGGUUGUUGCGUCCCGGUGACGUCCCCUCUACGGUGAGGGCCAUGGCCCAGCUGGUUGACCUGCUGGAUGUUCAGCUCAGAAACCUAACCCCCGGGGGCAAGGACAGCGCCGCCCGCAGCCUCAACAAGCUGCAGAAGAGAGAGAGGUUCUGCAGGUUUUUUCUCCAGGCCAUGGUUGAGACGGUGAACAACUUGCUCCAGCCCAGGGCCCAGGCAGCGUGGAGACAGUUGCCCACGGGGGAGCAGCUUCGCUGGGCUACCACCCUGCUGGACACGGUGGAGGCUGGAGCUUUCAACGAUAACCUGUUGAAGACGGACACCGUGGAGGAGAUCACCGACAACAUCCAGUUGGAGGUGGCGAGGCUGAGUACGGAGGGAAAUCUGGCGGACCUGACCUUCCCCCAGUCCGAACUACAUGGGAACUCCAUCCAGCUGUCUGCCAGCACGCUCAAACAGCACGGGAGGAAUGGUGAGAUCCGCAUGGUGUUCGUCCUCUACAGGAACCUGGGCUCCUACCUGUCUACAGAUAAUGCCAGUGUUGGUCUGGGCAACGAGGCUCUCUAUCCUAACUACUCUGUCAUAGUCAACUCUCCUGUUAUUACUGCUUCUAUCAACAAGGAGAGCAACAAGGUCUAUCUGUCUGAACCGGUGGUCUUCACUGUCAAACACCUGCAGCAUUCAGAGGAGAACUUCAACCCCAACUGUUCUUUCUGGAGUUAUUCCAAGCGGUCCAUGAUCGGGUUCUGGUCCAGUCAGGACUGUCGACUACUGGACACCAACAGAACACACACCACCUGCUCCUGUACUCAUCUGACCAGCUUUGCUGUGCUGAUGGCACACGUUGAAGUCAAGAAAACAGACUCCAUGCAGGACCUUCUGCUGGAUGUGAUAACAUGGGUUGGUAUCCUGCUGUCGCUGGUCUGUCUCCUCAUCUGCAUCUUUACAUUCUGCUUCUUCAGAGGACUACAGUCAGACAGGAACACCAUCCACAAGAACCUCUGUAUCAGCCUGUUCAUAGCAGAGUCACUGUUCUUAGUGGGCAUCAACAGAGCUGACCAACCGAUUGCGUGUGCCGUCUUCGCGGCCCUGCUCCAUUUCUUCUUCCUGUCAGCGUUUACCUGGAUGUUCCUAGAGGGGGUUCAGCUGUACAUCAUGCUAGUGGAGGUGUUUGAAUCAGAACACUCCAGAACCAAGUACUUCUACCUGGCUGGGUACGGGGUUCCUGCUGUUAUAGUGGCCGUCUCCGCUGCCGUGGACUACAGGAGCUACGGCACAGACAGAGUGUGUUGGUUGCGGUUGGACACAUAUUUUAUAUGGAGUUUCAUAGGCCCUGCCACGCUCAUAAUAAUGCUGAACGUCAUCUUCCUGGGUAUCGCCCUCUAUAAGAUGUUCCACCAUACAGCUAUCCUCAAACCAGACUCUGGGUGCCUGGACAACAUCAAAUCGUGGGUGAUUGGCAUAGCUCUCCUCUGUCUGUUGGGUCUGACCUGGGCGUUUGGUCUGAUGUAUAUCAAUCCAGUGAUCAUGGCCUACCUGUUCACCAUCUUCAACUCCCUACAGGGCAUGUUCAUAUUCAUCUUCCACUGCAUACUACAGAAGAAGGUGCGUAAGGAGUAUGGGAAGUGUUUGCGUUCCCACUGCUGCAGUGGUAAGAGUGUAGAGACCUCCAUCUCGUCCUCUGGAAAGAACCACACCACGUCUCGAACCCCAGGACGAUACUCCACGGGGUCGCAGGUCAUCUUGCCUGCCUGUACACCUGGACGCUACUCCACAGAAGACUCCCAGAGUCGUAUCAGGAGGAUGUGGAACGAUACAGUGAGGAAACAGGAGUCAUCCUUUAUGACAGGAGACAUCAACAGCUCAGCCACACUCAACAGAGGAGCGAUGGCUAAUCAUCUGUUAACUAAUACUCUCCUUCAUCCCCAUGGUUCUAACCAUCCUUAUAACUCUCUGCUGGGGGACACCAACCACCAAGCAGUCUGUAACAACCCCAACGUGGCUGGCAUGUACAACACACAAGAGGGAAUCCUAAACAACGCGCGAGACACCAGCGUCAUGGAUACGCUCCCUCUCAACGGUAACCACGGCAACAACUACAGCGCGGCGAGCGGCGACUACCUCAGCGACAGCGUCCAGAUUCUGGAACGAGGCGGCGUCAGCGGUUACAGUACCUACGGCAACCACAAGGAGACGACGACGUUAGAAAAGCAGAUCCUUAAAGAGUUAACGUCCAACUACACCCCUUCGUACUUGAACAACCACCAACGCUCGGCGACCACCGAACGCAACCACAACCUGAUGAACAAGAUGGUCAACAUCGGUAACGGCACCAGCAACGCGGGCGGCCUGGUCGGUAACGGCAGUAACGGAAUCGGAAUUGGUGGCGUAGGCGGCGGCGGGAGUAACCGUGACUACGACUUGAGUAACGACGGUGUCGACGUUAGUCACAUGGUGCUGGAUAACCCCAACGCUGCCUUCCCAUUGGAUGAGAAUUUGGGAUUGGAGAUUAUAAGGGAGGAGUCGAAUGCCCCCCUCCUCCCGCCCCGCCCUCUGCCUCCCCCGGACAGCCUCCCCCACCCUCACCCUCCUCCUCCGCCCCCCCAUAACUUCUCCCGCCCCCGGCGCCCCCAGGAGACCAGCGAGAGCUUCUUCCCCCUCCUGACCAAUGAGCAGACGGACGAGACGCCGCAGUCGCCCAAUCACAGAAACUCUCUGUACACCUCCAUGCCCGUGUUAACGGAUUUACCGGACGGCCACGGUAGUCACGGGCAGAUGAACGGGUUAGCGGACGGAGAGAUGGACGACAGCGGGGAGAUUCAGGCUGGUACCAGCAGCACCGGGAGCGGACCGGGGCCGGAGGCGGAUGAUGUUUACUAUAAGAGCAUGCCAAACCUGGGGUCCAGGAACCACCUCCACCAGCUUCACCAUUACUACCAGAUGGGGCGGGGGGGCAGCGACGGCUACAUGGUACCUGUCAACAAGGAGGAUUCUGAUUCGUCGCCCGAGGAGCCCCUGACCCCCGUUGACGCCUCCCAACUGGUCACGAGCCUAUAGACCAAUGAGAAGACUCUAAACCCCUUAUUUUCCAGGUCCCACCUUCUUUUUUAGUCCCGCCUCCCAGAAUAGUUAUACGUUGAUGAUAGAUUGACAGUUGGCGCUGACCAAUGAAGGCCUGGUUGAACGCACUCGCUUCCUGAUUCUUUCCUGUGGUUAGUGACAAUAGGGACGAUACUGAGCUAUCAUUGGCCGGAAGGGAGAUGAGAGAGGGAUUCGUUUGGAUAGAGAUGGAUUGUAAUUUAGACCAGAACGAACUAAACUGGGUGGCUCGAAACCGAGGAGGUUUUUUUUUGUGAAUAUUCUUCAGGAAUGGAAAUAAUAUGAAGUAGUUCCUGAAGGAGGGGAGGAUCUUUCAGGCCACCUGUCUUGAUAGACGUUCCCUGGGUCGUAGCCCAGACACAUCCUACCAUGGACCUGUAGCAGAUCCUAGCUGAGUCUUUUUCACUGUCAAAACCCAUCAGACUGCUCUUCCAAGCCCUGGACACUGGUCAAAAGUAUCUAGCCAAUCGCCAGGCUUCUCCUUCUUCUUCUACUACCCGACCUGCCAAUAGAGUAGAGUAUGUAUGAAUAAAAAAGCCCCGCCCCCUCACAUAACUAUUUUAUUAGACGACAUGUUGUUGUAAACACUGUAACCAUGGCUACAGAUGACAGGGUAGUUUGACGAGCUCCUAUGUGUUUUUACAACCGUCUCUUCCGCCUGUCUGAUGAACUGAACUGAACCGGAGGGUGGAAAGUUACAUUUCCUGUUCCUGCAAGGUGUACGAGACUCAACUGAACUGAACCGGAGGGUGGAAAGUUACAUUUCCUGUUCCUGCAAGGUGUACGAGACUCAACUGAACUGAACCGGAGGGUGGAAAGUUACAUUUCCUGUUCCUGCAAGGUGUACGAGACUCAACUGAACUGAACCGGAGGGUGGAAAGUUACAUUUCC